AUGGUAGCGGAGCUCACUGACAUUUAUACGACGAACGUCGAGCGGAAAGCAGUUGGCGAUACUCGCGAUAGACUUUGGAGAAGACCGAAAUGGAUCGAGACUGCGACCCGUGAACCGAUUUACAGCGUUCUCGACGUUAACGAGCCGGCGAGCGCGAGGGCGGACCACCUCGCAUUGGCUUGUCCCGAGAGAAACCCCCUCGUUGUCGUGAUAAGUGCGGUGAAGGACGUCUACGAGCCAAAGGCGCCGGAUCAAUGUCCCAAGUCGAUUAAAAGAUACGAUACGAAUGCGAUAAGAUUCGAUUUAGAGGAGCGCGCCCUUUAUAGCCUCGUUGAAAAGGGAAAGAGGGUGAAUCGAUCGAUAAGAUCGAUCGGUAAGACGCAACGCGACGAGGGAUCGCUGUCGAGGGCUAGUCGGCUCUACCGUUUCGACGAAAUGUACGGCAACGAGAACGAUACCGAGGAUAGGAAGGACGAAGGGGAGGAGAACGGGGAGGAGAACGGGCAGGAGAACGGGCAGGAGAACGGGCAGGACGAUGACAAAGAUUUCCAUCCUAGCCAUUCGCGCCUAACUGCUGUAGCCGUUCCCAGAGGUAUCGUAGGUUUGGUCGGACCGUACAGAGUUUAUCAAAAUCCUAACGAGAAAAGAGAAUAUAUGCUUCGGGAGGAAGAACUCGUCGAGGAUAUCGUAGACUCUGUCAGCGACGUCGCCGUAUCACGGAAAAAUUGGUCGGGCGAACCACAUCGAAGGGCAAAGUGGAAGAUAAGAGAAGACGACGAGGAAACCUUGGUACCCGACAUUCGUCGUCUUCCCUCCUUUCAGGAAUAUCAGAUUAAUGGGCCGACAACGGAGGAAGUCGACAAAGUCGGGUUGGAUAUGUCCGAAUGGAAGAUGGUCGAUGAGCGUUGCCUCGAGCACGAGACCGAAGAUUCAAAGUUUCGGAGCAACGGAUUUGCCGAGAAAGUCGAAGGAAUUCUUUCUGGUAAGGAAGAACGAAUUGCCGUUGCAGUUGCCGUUGACACGUCCGGAAUCUCUUCCGAUGACGCUCCUUCGAAUGAAGAAAAGGCGAGUAACGAACAGCAAGAUAAGGAUAGUUUGAACGAGACGGCAAGUACGGCGGGUGGCAACGUGGAGGGCGUACCCAGCGGUACCCCCGGCAGGGGUGAGAGGAACAAGGAAAAUGAAUCCGCAGCAGUGCAACUAUCUUCCUCUUCGCCGCCAUCGAGAUCUUUAGUAUCCAGGAUUCUUGCGAGAGCACGAUCGCCGAACGAUUUGCUCGACCAUACCGAGCCAUUUUCUCAAUUAUGGAUCGUUCUUUCCAACGUCUACGGGGAGUUGGUGAUAGUGUUGAUGAUGGCGCUUUGUUUAGCCGAAGUCAUGGAUACGCCUGUUCCUCUUCUCAGCUUGCAGGGUAUCUUUUUGAUGUAUCUCUAUGUCGGAAGUAUCGCCGUUAUCAUCGGCAUUUAUAUUUGGGUACUGUUUGAUAGCUGUGCAAGUCUUAACGGUACCAGAACUGGUAUAGAUGACGUGGAAAUUGGUGGCACUUCUAUUACGAGAUUCGGAUCGUUGAAACGUGCCCACAUUUCUAGAGCUAGAACAGCACCCACAAGCUUUUACAUUCGCGUCGGUGCACUUCUGUUUGGAUUAGCCACUCUGGUCUUCAAUGGGCUAGAAAUGGCAAUGCACUCGAUGAUGCAAGGCGCUGAAUGCUUAAGCGACGUCGUUUUUGCGCAUCCUGUAUUGCACGGAUUAUUUACUUUUUUACAAAUGCAUUUUUUAUUCGUCAAUUCCCAGGUACUCGUCGAAAGAUUCGGUUUAGCCGCCCGAUUUGGAUUCACGCAUCUUGCAGCGACGAACAUCGCCGUCUGGGCGCGUCUCGUUAUUUGGGACUCUGCGCAAGAAUGGACUUACUUCGUAUACUUGGCACAACGAGGAUCCCAAACCUCUGCAUCCACCUUGAACCUUCGUGGAUUUCCCGGUUCUUUAACGAGACACUCGCGAGAUCUCUUGGUCGAUUCCACGCCGGAGGAUGGAUCGAUAUUCAAGCCGUACCGACCCAUUUCCAACGAACAAAUUUCCCAAGUUAUCGCCUUGCAAGAGUGUUUAAACACAAAUACGCUCGGACAGUUGUGGACAUCGAGUUUACCAUUCCUUUAUCCCUUCAUCGUACAAUUUAGUUUAAUCGCAGCCGCCGUAACAUUCGUAAUGGGACAAAAUGUGGGCCGAAGUCGCGUACCGCUGAAACAAAAGUUUCACGGUGGUAAGGAUUUAACGAGCCACGCGAGAGUAGGUUGUGACGGAUCUAGCAAGGGUCUCUUCCUUGGAAUACUCUGCAUGGUGGCCGGUAUCGUAGUUAUAUUGAUCUUUCUAGUGGUUAGAGAGGACGAACAUUUCUCGACUGUGACUUUGUCGUGGUUGACGUGCGGUACCUUAAUUGGGAUUCUAGCAUUAAGCGGUUUGAUGACAUCUACCGGCUUGAUACAAAUUCGUCAAAUGCCUGUAGUAACGAGGGCACCCGCGGCCCUCGACAGUCUGCUCUCGAACGUAGCCAUUUUUGGCGUUCAACUUUAUUCUAUUUUCACCAUCGUAGUAUGCGCCUGUUCCUUGGCCUUACUCGAAGCAGAAACCGAGGAUGGAGAAGAAAACGAAGAUUCAUCAUUUUCUUUUGGCACAAGUGAGAAUGGAGGAGAAGCGCAAGAAGGAAACGCAAGGCAGACGCGUGGAAGGCACAUCAUGUUACUCUCGGCUUCGAUCUUGCAAUUGAUUCAAUGUUUCGCCCAAAGCACCUUGAUAGCCGAAACGUCAAGGAGAUCCUGCAUCACGCGAUUUCAAAUGUUAGCCAAGCCGGGUCGUCAGGUCAUCACUUUUCUUUUAUUUAGCAAUGCCGUUUUAUGGGCCUUCGAUACUGUAAUCACGCAAAACUGGAUAUCGCAAGAAUUGCAAUUACGAUUCUUCGGUGUUCUUGUUUGGGGCAUCCUAUCGAGAAUCGGCUUACCGUUAUUGAUAUUCUACCGAUUCCACAGUUGUGUACUUUUAUUAGAAGCCUGGAACAAAUGUUAUAGAACACCGCGCGGCGAGCAUCCGCUCAACUGA